AUGAACAAGAUCACGCUUUGAUUGUGAAAAAUUGCGCCGCGUGUGAAGUGAAAAAAGCCGAGAAAAAUGUAUAUAUUUCAAGUGAUUUGAUAAUAGCCCGGUCCGCUAAAGGCGUAAUACUAUUGUACCAACACCAGCAAUAACGCCGCAAACGUUCGCGAAUCGGAGCCGAUUGUAGGCGACCAUUUCCACGCUAUAAAACCACACCGAAAACUCAGGAUAACCCCAGAGAUCGAAAGGAUAUCCGGCGCCCUUUUUUCCGGUUUUACAUAAUUGCGUUGCUUCGUAAACGUAAUUCCCCUGCAUUGUGGCCAUCUCUGGUCGCUACGUAGCAUAAAAUACCAAUUUGCCAAAAUCAUCAUCAUAACAGCAGCAGCAGCAGCAGCAGCAGCAACAGUAGCAAACAGCAUGGACGCAAUAGAGGAACGCAAGGUUUACCGUCUGGUGCUGACGGGAGGACCGUGCGGUGGCAAAACAACCGGCCAAUCGAGGCUGUGUACAUUUUUCGAGAACCUCGGAUGGAAGGUUUUUCGCGUGCCUGAAACGGCCACAAUCCUACUCAGCGGUGGCAUCAAGUUCGCCGAUUUGGUUGCCGAAGAAGAUCGAAGCAAAAAGAAAACACACGAGACCACUACCGGCACCACCACCGUACCCCCCACAGGCUCCUCCGACACCGAGCCGGCCGUCUUUAAGGAUGGCGUCCCGGAGCAUAGCGUUAUUGAUAUUGACAAAAUUACAACAUGUCCCCGGUGUAUGGCCGCCGCCGUCGGGAAAGUUGGUGACGUGUACAAGUUUCAGGAAAACUUGCUCCGAACGAUGAUACAAAUCGAAAACACGUACUUCGAGCUGGGCAGGACGAGCAACAAAAACUGCUUAAUCAUAUGCGAUCGCGGAUUCAUGGAUGCCAGUGCAUAUAUUUCCAAAGAAAAAUGGGAUCGCAUGAUGCGUUCGAACAACUGGAACCCGGUUGAGCUGCGCGACAAUCGCUACAAUCAGAUCAUCCACAUGGUGUCGGCCGCGAACGGUGCGGAACAGUUCUACGCAACGGAGGAACACUCGUGCCGGUCGGAAGGUGUAACGCUGGCACGCGAGCUCGACUACAAGGCUGCGUCGGCGUGGAUUGGACAUCCGUACUUCGAUGUGAUCGAUAAUUCUACCGAUUUCGAAAACAAAGUGAACCGCAUGAUCGAAUGCGUGUGCCAGAAGCUCGGUAUUGAUAUUGGCGAUCGGUUAUCGAUCACCUCGCGAAAAGUCAAAUUCUUGGUUUCCGGCCCAAUGCCCCUGGAUACGGCCUUCCCGGCAUUCCAGGACUUCGAGGUCGUGCAUCAUUACUUGCAGUGUGCCGGACCGCGCGUGCAGGCACGCUUGCGCAAGCGAGGCCAAAACGGUCGCUGGAGCUACAUCCACACGAUACGCCGGCCUCAGCAGCAUGGUCAGUCGAUAGAGGUGCGAACGCAGCUGUCCCAUCGUGAUUACCUGAACAUGCUAACGCAGCAGGACGAUGCGCACUUUACCAUCUACAAGAAACGCCGCUGCUUCCUGGUCAACAACCAGUACUUCCAGAUGGACAUCUACAAAGAACCAAGCCAUCCGAGAUGCAAGGGGUUAAUACUGCUGGAGACGUACACCUCGCUGACGGGCGAUAAGUUGAAGGCAAUAUUGCCGAAGUUCUUGAACAUCGUGAAGGAAGUCACCGGCCAGCCGGAUUACUCGAUGUUCAAUUUGUCGCUGCGUGAAGACUGGAACAACACGAAGAAGUUCUGCUAUUCGCUGCACGAUCAAGACGAUGCGGACGUGAAAACGAACGGUCACUCCCAGAAGAUGAUCAAUGGUAAAGCGUAGUAGCACUUUGCAAAACGUUCGAAUGUUGUAUAGAAAAUAUGGCGGCAAAUGACGCGAGAGUUCGAGAUGGUGACACGUGUCGUUUGUGUAUACAGCUGCAGGAGCGUGCGCUAUCGAGGCGGAGCAAGCGACGUUUGAACAUGUUUCGUUUAUGUUUGUGUUUGUUUUUUUUUUGUUUUGUGACUGAACAGAAGCGCCUGGGGGUAACAAAUGAGAGGUAGAGUACCCGUUAAUAUCCGCGAAGACAUUUGAGCCUGAUUAGUGUAUGUUUUUUUUUUUUAAUCCUGAUUGUACUGAUGAUAGCGCUCGUUUCGUGUAGCGAUACAUUGUGAGACAAAAAUUGAGUUUUCUUCAGCACGGGCUGUUUUACGAUCUUGAACAGUUGAAAAAUCACACUCUGUACCCUUAAUAUUGUUUUAAAAGAAAACUGUCGAGAGUAAAAACUCUAGCAAUAAUUUUGCCAACAGCCAAAGUCAUAUAAUUAUCUAAUGCAACGGAAUAUGUAGCGUUAUAUUUUUACCGGCAAUAGCAUACUUAUUAUUGUUUAUGAAACGGUAUGUACUUUUGAGUCUUGCGUAUGCCUCCAGUUAACGCUUGUAAACGGAACGUGGUUCCCGGAAGUUUGCUUUAAAAUUUUGUGAAACUAUUACUUUUUGUUUUGCCCAGUAAAUACGAACAAUGCCAGUACUGAAAGCCAAUACCUUUUGAUAUGCUCCCCCUGAGAGAGUUAGUCUAUAAUAAUUCCCGAACCCCCGCCCCACGAUGGGAGGGUACUCAACAACACACUACUACCUCUACGUACACGCUGAAACGAUUCGUUUACAAAGGACCAUGUAAUAGUUCAAAUCCAUCCCAAAUGCUCCUUUCGUUCAAUUUUUUGUUUUGCAAUACAGCAGAUUGUUAUGCUAUGUUUUGGAAGCAUAUGGACAUUACAAUCGCAUAGUUCGAUUUUUGGUUCUCAUAUACGUCAUGACAUGGCCGUUUGUGGGUGUGGAUAUAUACUAACAAAAAAUCAUCUAGAUUUCAUUUGUCAUAUACUGUGUCUUUUGUGAAAAACUUACACAUCAUCACUGUUGGUACUAAACAACAAAUCUAUCCAACUUUUGUACACGUGUUACACGACCGUAUUAUGUGAGUAGUGAGCGCUUAUUAAGAGAAUUUUUGCCUUUUCCGAUUGCGACACAACUUGUGCGAGAUGCCAAUGUACUUAAAAACUACUAAAAAAAGGUAACAACAAGCAGUUUUCAUCCAACAGACAAAUGUUCAAUAGACUGCUGGUAUAUUCGAGUGUAUUUUUUUGUUCUUCUAAUUGCUCGUAAAACAGCAAAGCUGAAAGCGUGAACAGUUGCUUUCGGCCUUUGUUUGUUUGCAUCCCGGUGUCCUUUUUAGCUGGAUGUUUUGAUUUCACUUUACAAUAAAAAAAAAACAGUACAGAAAGCUAGAUAGACAAAAAGGGCUGGAAGGAUGGAUGAUGAUCGCGAUCAGUAGAAAGCUGCGGAAAGAUGCAUGGCCGAUGAACCAAGGAGGAUCACGUUUUUGAACGAUGGUUUUAAUGUACAUCCUCGUAGUAGAGACGGAGCAUAAUGUGUAUAAACCCGCAUAGAAGACACCCAACCUAUCAUUGAUACCAGUGGCAAAUUAUUUUUGUGUGAAUAUACAUAACCUUUUAACGCAGAUAGCAAAGAGUAAAAAAAACAAGAAAACGAAACAAACAAAAUCUGGAAGUUUUUGCCGGACACCAAU